UCGUUUUGCUAUCAGUUCACUUUAUUCCGUAGCAGUGAAAACAUCCGUAAAUCGAAAUUGACAGUAUGUCUGGCCGUGGCAAAGGAGGAAAAGUUAGGGCAAAGGCGAAGACUCGUUCCAGCCGUGCCGGGUUGCAGUUUCCAGUAGGUCGCACUCAUCGUCUACUGAGGAAAGGCAAUUACGCCGAACGCGUUGGUGCUGGUGCUCCCGUCUAUUUGGCUGCGGUGAUGGAAUAUCUGGCCGCUGAAGUUCUCGAGUUGGCAGGAAAUGCCGCCCGUGAUAACAAGAAAACUAGGAUCAUCCCCCGUCAUUUGCAGUUAGCCAUCCGCAAUGAUGAGGAAUUGAAUAAACUCUUGUCCGGCGUGACAAUUGCUCAGGGCGGAGUGUUGCCGAACAUCCAGGCCGUGCUCCUUCCGAAGAAAACCGAGAAAAAGGCCUAACUCUAUUGGACAACAUCCCAUCAUUGAUCUACCACAAAACCGUCCUUUUAAGGAC